AUGGGCACCGUGCUCUCCCUCUCGCCUAGUGGCGGCGGCGGCAAAGCCAGCCUGCCCGAGGAGGGGUCCACCAGCUCUCUGUCCCACUACCCUGGUGGCCUGUCCAGUGGUAAGGGAAGCGGGCAGAAGUCGGACAAGACCCUCAAGAGACCCUCCAUGUUCAUCCCCGCCCUGACGUGGAAGAGGCUGGUGGCCUCCACCAAAAAGCGGGGUUCUCGGGCCAAAGGCGCGGCCCUCCCCGGCAAGAAUUUCCCGGCGGGAAAAGAGGUGGCCCACCUCAACCACGAGAACAUCCAGAAGUCUCUCUCUUGUGCCAACCUCGCCGGCUACGAGGAAGGCGGGCCGCCCUUGGUGCCACUCAGCACCAAGGGCCUGUCCGCCACCACCGGGGGCCCGGCCGGCUCCUUGUUGAAGCCUGGUGGGUUGGGGGGCAGCUCCACGUCCCCCCGGCGGGUCAUCGUCCAGGCGUCCACCAGCGAGCUGCUGAAAUGCCUCGGCGAGUUCCUCUGCCGGCGGUGUUACCGCCUGAAGCACCUGUCGCCCACCGAGCCUAUCCUGUGGCUGCGCAGCGUGGACCGCUCCCUGCUGCUACAAGGUUGGCAGGACCAGGCCUUCGUCACGCCGGCCAACGUGGUCUUCGUCUACCUGCUGUGCCGGGAAAUGAUCGAUGGGGACCUGGUGGGCAAUGAACACGACCUCCAGGCCGCCCUGCUGACCUGCCUCUACCUGUCCUACUCCUACAUGGGGAACGAGAUCUCCUACCCGCUGAAGCCCUUCCUGGUAGAGGCCUCCAAGGACGUUUUUUGGAACCGUUGCCUGCACAUCAUCCACGCCAUGAGUGCCAAAAUGUUGAGGAUCAACGCGGACCCACACUACUUCACUCAGGUGUUCGCCGACCUCAAAAACGAAGGCAACGCGGCGGCCCCCGAGAACUUUGCCCGCGUCUUGGACCGUUGACUGUCGACUCUUCGCAACUUCACAGUUUUUUGGGGGGGACGGGGAGGCUCCUGGGGAUGGGUUUGGAAUCACGAACCAGAAGGACCAGCCGUCCCUGCACCCCGAGAGGCUACACGGCCCUCCGAUUUCAGAAAGGAGGAAGAGGCGUGGAAGAGGAACACCGAUACAGCGAAUGUCGUGUUCCCCCCACCUUUGGCUAAAAGAGAGGGGAAGAAGACCCCCCCUGCCCCAUGGGGAGGGGGCGGGUGUCGUCUUCUGAAAAGCCCAUAAUACAGAAAGUCCUCGACUUACGGCCGCAAGAGAGACGUUUGUUCAGCCAAUUUUGGCCCCUUCGAAUGCCCUUCCUUGUGACGGUUGUCUUUUCCCCCGAUCACGGCAGUUGUUCAGUUUUACAACGCGGUUGUUAAGUGAAUCUGAUUUGCUUGUUCAGGAGGUCGCAAAAGGGGGAUCAGGAGACCCCGGGAGGCAGCAACCGCCCUGAAGAUGGCAAGCACCCCGUGACCGUUGGGAUGCUGCGACGGUCGUUAAGCGUGAAAAACGGUCCUAAGUCGCUUUUUUCAGUGUUGUUGGAAAUUCGAACAGUCACUCGGCAAGCUGCUGUAAGUCGAGGACUAUCUGUACUUAUUAAAUAGGCAUUUUUUCCCCAGCCAUUUGUUCUGCCAAAGCAAACCAAGGAAUAACAUUGGGAAGGAAAAAUAUUAAUGUAGCCCCUGAAUCCAGCAUCGAAACCAUCAACUUCCUUUGAAUUCUCCUUCAAAAUGGAUCAUUUUAAAUCCUCUCUCUCUCUCUAUCAGUCUUUAGCUAUCUCUAUCUAUCUACUUAUCUAUCUAUCUGUCUCUGUU